UUGAGGUUAUGUUGGUCAAAUUUAAAAAAAGACAUUCCAAACAUUAUCGCCGAAGGCCCUUUUCUUAUUUGACAUACCAUUAUAAUGGAGCCAAAACCUAUACAAAAGCUCGAACAAGAAGUAAUAAAUAGAAUUGCGGCUGGUGAAGUAAUACAGAGGCCUGCAAACGCUUUGAAAGAAUUAAUUGAAAACAGUCUGGAUGCAAAAGCCACUAACAUACAAAUUACUGUAAAGAAUGGGGGGUUAAAGCUACUACAGAUUCAGGAUAAUGGAACUGGAAUUCGGAAAGAAGACUUUGAAAUUGUUUGUGAAAGAUUCACAACUUCAAAACUAUCAGCAUUUGAAGACCUUCAGAAAAUAUCUACUUAUGGUUUCAGAGGAGAAGCUUUAGCUAGCAUUUCACAUGUAGCUCAUCUUAUAAUUACCUCAAAAACCAGAAAAGAUGUUUGUGCUUACAGGGCUGAAUAUUGUGAUAGCAAGUUGAAGGCACCUCCAAAGCCCUUAGCAGGCAACCAAGGGACAAUAAUAACAGUGGAGGAUUUAUUUUACAAUAUGAAUGUAAGACGAAAUGCUUUAAGAUCACCUGCUGAAGAAUAUCAAAAGAUAUCUGAUGUUGUUAGCAAGUAUGCAAUUCAUAAUGCAGGUGUUGGAUUUGCAUUGAAAAAACAUGGAGGUAAUAAUGAUAUUAGAACACCUGCUAAAUCUAAUCAUGUGGAUAACAUUAAACUCAUUUAUGGUAGCUCAAUAGGAAGGGAAUUAAUUCAAUUUAGCCUUGAAAAUUCAGAUCUCCAGCUUAAAUGUCAGGGGUAUAUAACCAAUGUUAACUAUAGUAACAAAAGAUUUCAAUUUUUGCUAUUUAUCAAUCACAGGCUAGUGGAUAAUCAAAGUUUAAAAAAAUGUAUAGACACAGUUUACCAAACAUAUUUGCCAAAAAACAGCCACCCCUUUGUUUACUUAAGCUUAGAACUGAAUCCAAAUACUAUAGAUGUAAAUGUCCAUCCCACAAAACAUGAAGUACAUUUUUUAAAUGAAAGUCAGAUCAUUGAAAUCAUUACUAAUAAUUUGGAACAGAAACUAUUAGGUUCUAAUACUUCCAGGGUUUUUUAUACUCAAUCAAAAUUACCAAACAUACAAUUUGAUACCAAAGAGACCCUCAGAGAUAACAUAUCUUAUAAAAAAACUGUAGAGGACCCUAAGUAUGUGGUAAGAACAGACUCAAAUAUUCAAAAGCUGGAUAAAUUUUUUGAUGUGUCUAGCAAAAAAACUGAACUAGACUCUAUUGAACCUGUCAACAAGGGCAAACAGGCAUUGAAUUUUUCUCUUACAGAGGAAGAAUACCAAGAACAUCAUCAGCAGUUUCUUCAAAAGCAAGAUGAUUUUGAGAAUAUUUGUUUGGAAAAACAUAGUGACAAGAAUGAUGAAAAAAAAGAAACUGAAGACUCUGCACUAAAAUCAACAAAAACUCUUAUAUGCAGUAACAAUAAGAAUGAAUCGGAAAUAGUUGUCAAUACAAACAAAGAAAUGUCAAAUUCUAUUAUGACUUCGAAAGAUACAUCUUCCAAUAAUAAAGAAGAAAAAAAAACCGAAGAACCUCUAAACAAGCAUCUUAUUAAAAAAAUUACUAAGGUAGAAACAAAACUAACAAGUGUCUUGCAACUCAGAAAGGCUGUGGAAGAAAAUUGCCAUAAAGCAUUAAGAGAAACGUUUGCUCAACACGUUUUUGUUGGCUCUAUAAAUCCCAAACAGGCUCUUAUCCAGUAUAACACUCAGUUACUAUUAUGCAAUACUAAAGCGAUUUUAGAAGAGCUCUUUUAUCAGUUUGUUCUUUAUAACUUUCAAAAUUUUGACUGUUAUACUUUCCAGGAUGGUAUGUCUAUUAAAGAGUUAGCUCUUCUUGGUUUGGAUUUGCCAGAAACUGGAUGGACAGAAGAAGAUGGACCAAAAGAGGAGUUGGCUAAUAGAAUUAACGAAAUCUUAAUAGAGAAAAGCCCUAUGUUAAAUGAAUAUUUUUCUCUUAAUAUUGACAGUAGCGGCAUGCUCAAAAGUUUACCUAUACUGCUAGAUAAAUAUAUACCGGAUCCUGUAAGUCUUCCGAUGUAUAUAAUUCGAUUAGCAACAGAAGUUAAUUGGGAAGUAGAAAAAAAAUGUUUUGACACGUUCGCAAGAGAAACUGCCAUGUUUUACUCAAACGUCUCAGAACAUGAAGACGAAAAUGGAAAAACGUGGGAAUGGAUUACUGAAUAUGUACUUUAUCCGGCGAUUAAAAAUUAUUUUAUACCUCCGAGAAGUUUUACGGAAAACGCUGCUAUUUUAGAGAUUGCUAGUUUACCGAAAUUGUACAAAGUUUUUGAGAGGUGUUAGAACUUUCAUCUAAGAACAUUAUUUUUAGAUAAGUAUUUAAAUCAUUUUUAUUUAUGUAUGUCUUUAUAGAACAUUUAGGUUGAACUUUUGUUUGUAAAUUUUUAUGCAUUAAUUGAUGUUAAUAUUCAUUUUUUCGAUAUAA